AUAUUGUCCACUGUACAUUUUUUUUUAAAUCAACGAGAGAACGGCACUCAGAACUGAAGUGUUUACGGGUACAAAAUUCUUUGUUUUGUUUGUCUAUUGCUUGUUUUAUUAUUAGGUGGUUAGUGUUUUUGGUGACGUUUAUAGUUGGAGUUUUCAUUCAUAUCUGCUGUGAAAGUGAAUAUUAUUGAUACUGAGUGUUUACCGUCUACAAAUAGUGCAGGUUUUCUGGAUCAGAAUCUGUUGUUCACGCAGGCAGGCGUUUCGGCCGUAAUCCAGGACCGGGAUUUCGUCGCUUCGAGGUGACCAACAUUCGAUAAAGUGGCGGCGGAUAAAGGCAGGGAAACGGGGUCGAAAGCGGCAUGCACAGCGGUGUCCAUGCAGACCGAAGUUCUUGGCGUAUACCUCCUGAUGAAACGCUUCAGGUGGCCGAUCCGAAGGCCAAAAAGGCCGAGGUAGGUGACGAAGAGGAGCUAGCACUGCAAGAUGACGAAGGCCAUAACUGGUGGUCUAUCAUCUUCUCCCUCCUAGUAAUUGGCCUUGUUGUUUCGGGCAUUGUGGCGGCCAUUUUUCUCGUCGGAUACGUAGAUGAGCUCCUUUAUUGGCACGGUCGGAGGAUGCAGCUGGAGGAGUACUUGCAGGGAGACCUAAACCCAAGAAGACUGCCCUCUUCAUGGAUAUCCCCCAAACAUUUUGUUUUUCAGUCCGACGAUGGUAGUUUGGCUGUCUUGGAGAUGGGGAAGAACAUCACUGUCAGCGUUCUGGUGACAAAUCAUACUUUGAGACAACUCAACGUCAAAGGAUAUCAAUGCUCUAGAGACCUCAAAUAUGUACUUUUCCAACACAAUGUAAAAACGUACCCGAGCUUUGAUGGGUAUGAUCAUUUAGAAAAUAACAAGAGGUACAUAAAUCUAGAGAGAUCGGUAUUCAGACAAUCCUUCACAGCUCACUACACUAUCUAUGAUGUCGAAAAAGAUCACCACAUUCCCUUGAGACUUGAACACUCGCCAAAAACCCAACCCGAAAGACUCCAAUACGCUAAAUGGCUAGGAAACACAAAUUCUAUCCUCAUAGUGUACAAUAACGACAUAUACCUCAGGCAAUCUCCUCUCUUUGAGAAUGAUACCAGACUCACUUUCACUGGUAAGCCGGACAUUGUUUACAAUGGAAUCCCAGAUUGGUUGUACCAAGAGGACAUUCUGAGAAAUCCUGAGGCCUUAUGGUCUUCCCACGACAACACACACAUCUUAUACGCAACUUUCAACGACUCCGAGGUGGGACUCUUGAAUUUUCCCUGGUUUUCCACAGCACCGCCGGGAAAAUCUGCACGCAAACCUUCUUUUCCGAAUUACAGGACCGUUAGGUAUCCAACACCAGGUAGCAACAAUCCUAAAGUAGAACUCUAUGUGCUGGAUAUUUCCAAUAUUACGGAUCUGCAGAGAUAUGAAGUGAUCCCUCCUAAGGCACUUGUUGGACAGGAUUAUUAUCUGACGUCAGCUGGUUGGAUUUGUCAGAAGAAUACACAUCUAGCAGUUGUGUGGAUGAACAGGGCCCAGAAUUUGAGUAUAGUUUCAACUUGCUUAGCGCCCAAUUGGACCUGUAUAGAGAUUCACACCGAGAGGGCCUUUGAACAUUCAUGGCUGGAAGUCCAGGAGCAACCCACCUUUUCACCAGAUGGGGACAGCUUUCUGGUGCUAGCACAGGUCCGUGAGGGAAACACCGGAACUUAUACCCAUAUCAAGCAUGUUAUUGUCACAAGACAACACAUCGCUGUACUUGGUCAUGGCAGACACGAAGUCGACAGGAUACUAUCGUGGGACACCUAUGAUAACCUCAUAUACUAUUUAGCAACAGACGAGAACAAACCAGGACAAAGACAUCUUUUCGUUGUCCGCGAUCCAUCAACAGAUGAUCCUAGACGUUUAGAAUCCCACUGUAUCACUUGUGACUUAUCAGAUGUGCUGUGGAGUAGUAGAUAUUUGUAUGGUAAUUGCACUCAUUUUAAUGCACUGGUUAGUCCCCGUACAUCGCCUUCCAGUCAUGCCUACUACGUUCUUCAGUGUGAAGGACCAGGUCUUCCAUUAGCUGGCGUUCACAACGCCACAACGCACCGUCUGCUGAAGGUGCUCUACGAUUCCAGAAUCACACAUCUUCCACGCCUGCAGGAGCUGGCCCUUCCCAAGCAGAGGUUCUUGGAGGUCCCAUUACCGCAGGGAAACAGGGCGCAGGUCCAGAUGUUGCUACCUCCAAGUUGGCGAGAAGAGCUGAGAGAUGCUGCUUAUCCUGUUCUUGUUGAAGUUAAUGGCAGGCCUGGCAGCAAAGCUGUGACUGACGAGUACGAAGUGGACUGGGGCACUUAUAUGUCGAGCCACAGCGACGUAGUUUACGUGAAACUAGACGUAAGAGGUGCUAGUGGACUUAGUGACAAAGCCUUAUACCACCAACUGGGGGGUGUAGAAGUGCAGGACCAAGUGUCAGUUCUGCAGUAUCUGUUCGAAAAGUACAAAUAUUUGGACAAGACGCGCGUGGGUUUGUGGGGUUGGGGUUACGGUGGCUAUGUAACCACUAUGGUUCUUGGGUUGGGGAACCAGCAGAAAGUGUACAAGUGUGGCGUUGCAGUUAGUCCGAUUGCUGAUUGGCUGUUUUACAAUUCCGCAUUCACGGAAAGAAUAUUAGGUCUUCCGACCGACAACUACAAGGGCUACGUUGAGGCUGAUGCAACGCAACGAGCAAAAAACAUUCCCAGACAGUCGUUCUUCCUUAUCCACGGUUUGGCAGAUCUCACCACACCGUAUCAACAUGGCGUUCAGUUGGCUCGUGCGCUGACAGAUGCCGGAAUCCUUUUUCGGUAUCAGAGCUACGCUGAUGAGGGCCACGAACUGUUGGGCGUGUUGGAACACGUCUACCGUUCAAUGCAAGAAUUUUUUGAAGAGUGCCUUAGUUUAGAUUCCGACGAAACUAGCAAAGAUAGAGAAGCAGACACCUGAAGGUUGGCCAAUCGGCUGUUGUUCUACCACCGAUUCAUGGCCUUUUUAAGACUGCAAACAUAGAGCAAAACCAGCUUCGUAGAAUAGUUUUGAGAAACUGACGGGAGCUGUCUCUCUCUUGUAUGUUGAACUCUGUGGCGGGAGUAAUAGAGUACCUAAAUGAAUUAAUGAAAUUUUGAUUGAUUGUCUGAAAAUAAAAAGCAGAAUUUUCUUCUUUGUUUUUUUGUCUGGAGUUGUUCUGUUUUCUCUUCAUCGAGGGGUUGAAAA